AUGGAUAAGUACGACGAUCUGGGUCUGGAAGCCAGCAAGUUCAUCGAAGACCUCAACAUGUACGAGGCCUCCAAGGACGGUCUCUUUCGGGUGGACAAAGCUGCCGGCAACAACCCCGAGUUCGAGGAGACCAGGCGGGUCUUUGCCACCAAAAUGGCCAAGAUCCACCUCCAGCAGCAGCAGCAGCAGCAGCAGCAACAGCAGGACGAGAUGCUGAUGGCCGCCCUGAACGGAGGGGCUGCCUUCAACGCCUCCCGGCCCAGCCCGCCAGCGGCACUGGGUGCCAAGCCGCCCCCGGCCUCUGCCGCCGAGGGGCCGCGCGCGAGGCCGUACGAUGGAGGGGAGCGUGGCUUCAGCGAGAGCGGGGCACGUGCCGAGGCCCCGGGGAGCCAGGCCGGGCGCCGGGGCUGGGAAGCAGAGCCCGACAGGAUCCCCAGACCGGGGGGCUCACGGCCCGGCACGGGGCGCGGAGAGCAGCAGGCUGGGAGCCCCAGCGACCCCCAGCCCUGCCGCGGUGGGCAGGAGAAUGGCAGCGAGGGCAGGUGGGGCGGCGGGGGCCGUGACCCGACGCCAGCUGGGCAGAGGUCCUCCUCUUUCUCACACGCCCGGACCCCCCCGGCACCCUCGGCAGGGACAGAGGAGGGGGCACCGGAGGCCCUGCUGCAGCAGAAGCCCUCCUCCUCGACCCCUUCGGUGCAGCCCGCCCAGGGGUUUUCAGGCCCCGCUGAGCCCUGUGGUCCCAGGGCCAGAGGGGAUGGCAACCAGCUGUGGUACCAGGGCAUCCCGCUGUCCUUCCCCUCCAGCUCCGUGCCCGCCACCCCGAGCGUGGACUACCAGCACACUGCUGCCUACCCCAGCCCAGCCGGCCACUUCGUGGCACACGGUCAAAACCACCGGCCCAACGGCAGCAGCGUGAGCCCUGAGCCGGGCUCCUCACGCCUGGCCUCGCGCGGGCUGAUGGCUCCGGAUGCUCCACUGCUGCUUUUUCCGGAGGGCAUGAGCGACCUGCGGUCAGACGCCGGGCACCCGGAGGGCUCCAGCACGGUGAAGGUGAAGCUGCCCUGCCAGACCCUCCUUCCACAGCCGGAGCAAGGGCCGUCAGUGGCCGAGCUAAAGCUGGAGGCACUGACCCAGCGCCUGGAGCAGGAGAUGGAUGCUCGGCCGAAGGCUGAUUACUUUGGCACCUGCGUGAAGUGCAGCAAGGGGGUGUAUGGAGCAAACCAGGCUUGCCAGGCCAUGGGCAACCUCUACCACGAUGGCUGCUUCACCUGUGGAGCCUGCAGUCGAAAGCUGAGAGGAAAAGCCUUUUAUUUUGUCAAUGGCAAGGUGUUCUGUGAAGAAGAUUUCCUGUAUUCUGGUUUCCAGCAGUCAGCUGACAGGUGUUUCAUUUGUGGUCAUUUGAUAAUGGACAUGAUCCUGCAGGCUCUAGGGAAAUCAUAUCAUCCAGGCUGCUUCCGAUGCGUGGUCUGCAAUGAGUGUCUGGACGGUGUGCCAUUCACUGUAGACUCUGAAAACAAAAUCUACUGUGUCAGAGAUUACCACAAAGUUUUAGCUCCAAAGUGUGCAGCGUGUGGACUUCCCAUUCUGCCCUCUGAGGGGUCUGAUGAGACCAUUCGGGUUGUGUCCAUGGACAAGGAUUACCAUGUGGAAUGUUAUCACUGCGAGGACUGUGGGAUGGAACUGAAUGACGAAGACGGGCAUCGCUGUUAUCCACUAGAUGAACAUUUACUUUGUCACUCCUGUCAUCUGAAACACAUAGAGAACGGCACAACCCCAGCAGCUGCGUACCAGCACCACUACUAGCCAGCGUGGCCGACAUUGGAAAGCUGGGACAGAAGACUUGUUAUAUGAUGUCCCUCUCCCCACCCUCCGUUCAUUUCCUGUGCAUGUUUUUCACCAGUCGGCAAUGUUCCUGUAAAAGGAUAUGAGAGACUUUUGCUGGAUUCCCAGAGUUUGUAUGCUUGUGAGUUCUGGCUGUAUCAAACCAUGUCUACUUGACCAAGAAUGUGGUGUGUUAUCUAAACUGAUCGGUUUACUUUUACGUGCCUUUUUCUGCUGUCUGGAGAUUCCUCUUGGCUCAUUUUGGAAGAUUCUUCAGUGAAAGCACAAUUUGCUGUCAUGCCUAUGAACUCAGAUCGUGCCAUGCACAAUUAAAAAGCCAGAGGCUGGCUUGCCUGCGUGCCUGCCUGCCUGCCUGCCAGGGACAUCCCGUCAGUCUACUAAGUGUCUCCUGACAAGCACAUUUCAUCAGAUUCCCUGAAGGACAUCACCCUAUUAAUACCAGUUUUUAGACACUCUCUUUUUAUUAAUUCUUUAGGAAAAGAAAAGAAAGGGUUCUGUGCAAAAUGGUGCACUCAGACCUUCCAGUUAAUUCCCUGAACUCUGGUAUCAAGUCUGGCUGUGAAAGCACCAACUCUCCAAGCACAAACCAGGCAUGCUGGCUGGCAGCUGGAGGCCAACAUCCCAUUUCAAACAGAAUGAAAAACUGGGACAAGCUAGGCUAAGCUACUGCGAUGACUUGAGGCCCGGACUUGUGUGUCAGCGUGAUACGCAGGGGCCGGUCUGCUCUGUCAGAGUCUGAAUAGCAGAUCAUAUUUGGAAAGGAAAGGUUGGGAUGCUGAAAGUGUGGACACGGAGGAAAUCCAUCCUCAUUCUUGCUUGCAGAGGUCGCUUUGGAAAAAAGCUCUCCGUACACAGACACUUGCCUGAGUUUUCCAGUUUGUCCCCACAGCUCAGCCCCCAGCCUGGCCACUCCUUUCCAUGGUGUUUACCCAGCACAAAGCCAUUGCAUAAUGGUGUUUAUUUAGAGCUCUGGGAGCAAACUCAAGAUUGUUAUGAAGGCUUUGUUACACAGGGAUUUAGAGCCCAGCUCCACAACCUGUACUCAGAUGAGUAUGUUGGUAUAAACAGAUUUGCUCCCAUGAAUAACAAGAGCUUAUCUGAGCAAGGGGUUAGAGAGUUUGGCCCUUACUUUCUGUUCUGCUGAGAAAGCAGAAAGGCAAAUCGUUUCUCUUUGACCCCCCCUGCUUUAUAGUCAAAAAGAAAUCUGCUCCUCCAGUAUGUGUUACAUAUAUGAUAGGUGUGCCUGCAGUGCAUGUUCUGUAGGUACCAAAGCUGUGCAGCCCCUCGUGUACAGGUACAAAGUUUUUGUUCAAGAAAAAGCUCCUAAUUUAAAUCCUCAGAUGCAGUUGGGGAUCUUAGCUACCCUUUCCAACAUACUGUGUGGUAAACUAGUUAAAUCCUCAUGUAUCUGUGCUAAAGAUGUAAAUUUGGUUCUGAUUGGUAGAGGAUGAGAUAACAUUCUUGAAGAUCUUUGUAGUGAGGAAACUACAGUAAAUUAGCUGAGCAGUGGCACUGGGACUCCUGAAAUGAGCCUGUGCUGAGAACCCACUAUGGUUCAACCAAACCUCUUUUCCAGUAGCAUGGAUGUAGCUAGAUAGGUGCUUGAACUUCACACCAUGUAGUCAGACUGCCUCGUGUACCCAUCUGGAGCAGCACAGGUGCCAGGUAGCAGCAAGCUGCCUGUCUCUGCCCAUGCUAAUAAAUACCAUGGGCCUCCGUUUUGAGUGGUGCAAGUUGCUGUGCUAAGUAUUAAACAGGUACAAGCAUCUGCUGUAAAACAAAUGGAGACCAGUGGCCUGUUAGCACCCUCCUACACAUCUGUAUCAGUUUGCCGCGGCUGAAAUGUGAACAUCCGAAGCUGCCCGAGCCUCGGGAGCUUGGUGGUUUUGGCAUGGAGUUUCAUCGAACCAACAGACCAUCCAGCCUUCUGCCCCAUCCAGCUGUAAGCGCCUCCGCCUGUUGCUGCUGCUCUUCUGGAUGGGGAUGGCAGCAUGCGGCUGGAGGUCAGUCCUGCAGUGGAAACCAUCCGGAGCUCCAGCUUUGGUGUAGCUUGGCUCUGCAGUGCCCUUUCUCCUGGGGCCAUGCAGCCCCUCAGUGAGUGACUGAAAGCUCAAGCGGGGAGGCUUUCCCACUGCAGUAUACAUGGCUCUGGGGCAUAUAUCUGUCUUCAGAGAGUUUUACCUGUGAUUUUAGCGAAGGUAAAUUGACCCCAAAUAUGUGAGCUCCCUGGAGCCUUAAAUUUAGCCUCCAAAUGCUGGAUAGCAAAGGGAUGGGAGCUGACACAAAAUAUAACUGGUGCUGUAUCCACGCAGUAUGGAUCAGGGGCAGCAAAAUAGCCAGGGCAGAUCCCGUAGUGCUCUCACCCCAGUGCAUCGCAUCGGCUUGUGUCCUGCAGCACAGCUAGGCCCGGGGUGGGGGGGUUUCAAGGUGUGACUGUGAUCUUAGGACUGUCUGAAGGGACUGAGGUGGGAAGUAAUGCCAGCUGAUGUCCCUGGUAAAUAAUUCAGGUAGUUCUGGGCAGGUGGUUCCCCUCCCUCAGCUUCCUUUGGCAGUGAAGGCAGUGAGAUAUCAAAGUGGCUUCUGGAAGUGAGCUGGAAACACCAGCCUUGGUAAUCUGUUGCUCUGUCUCUGAGAAACCAGCUGCUAUGUGGCUCAUGCUUGUGCUAGCUCUUGAUUUUUAGAGCAACUCCUCACGCACAUUUUCUGGCCUUCGUUUUGGAAAGAUCUGAAAACACUAGUGGGACCGAUACUUUCUUUUUAAGCUGCAGUUUAAACUACUGUCUCACUCUUGCAGCCUUCCCCACAACCCCAAAAUA